GUAGUAUUUUCUUAUCACUGUGCGUCGAUCACCGGACGGCAAACACCGAGAGGCUCGUGUCCGGAUUUGCAUUUUCUGCGUACUGUGUACAUCAUUAUUUAUUCGUCUCUUGUUUUUCUGCUGUUUUCCCAAACACUGCCGUUCUACAACCGACUAAGACACUUACAUACUUACGUCUGCUGUUCCACGACCGAGCGUUUUGUGGUAUCUUCGAUUUUUCGUCAUGGACAAUAUGACAGUUGCAAAUGGUGUGGGAGCUGCAGAACUUUCUGUAGGGGCUAAUCUACUUUCAAGAUCGGCUGAUGAAUAUGGAAAUGAUGGAAAAGUUGAAAUGAUGUGGGCCAUAAAAGCAUAUGAACAUGCAGAAAUAUAUUUUAAUUUGAUAUGUUCUGUUGAUCCAAAGUUAUUAAGAUUGACUCCUCACGAUGAUAAGAUUUACAAAGAAUUUAGACGAUUAUUUCCUGAUCUUCAAAUAGAAGUUCUUGAUGAAGAGGAUGUAAAAAAUGAUUCAUCUAAAAUUAAAUGGAGAAGAUUUUGCGAUCUCUAUAAGAAUAUGGAAAACUACAAUUUCGGUACAUUAAUCAGAAAGGAUGUUCAUGGAGACUACAACGAAAGCAACAGCUUUAUAGUUAUAAGAAUACAGUUUUAUGCUAUUGAACUAGCAAGAAAUAGAGAAGGAUUAAACGAUAUUCAUUUUAUAAAUAAUAUUUAUGAUAAGGAUGACUUUGAACCAUAAAAAUAUUAUAUGUAUAAUUUAUGCAUGUACAUUUCUAAUUUGAUUAAACGGUUUAUGUAUGUAACAUAAUUUUGGCGAUAAAAUAAAUUUAAAUGUUUUUACUUGAUCCCAA